GUCACUCUGACCGAAAGCCGGGCGAAGAACCGGCUGCCGAAGAAUGUGAAGCUGGCACCAGAGAACGAGCGGUAUAUGCGGGCAUGCGCCGACAUCGCCAGCGCCCUCAUUCAGGACUACGAGGCCCAGGCCGACGGCUCGAAGCCCAAGAAGGACCUCAAUCUGAAUCAUCUGCGCGGCCAGAUCGCAAAGAAGCACUAUCUGAAGACCCAGCCGCCUCUAACGGCCAUCAUUGCGGCCGUCCCAGAGCAUUAUAAGAAAUAUCUACUUCCCAAACUGAUAGCCAAGCCAAUACGAACGUCCUCUGGGAUCGCCGUGGUGGCGGUAAUGUGCAAGCCCCACCGAUGCCCUCACAUCGCAUACACAGGCAACAUAUGCGUCUACUGCCCUGGCGGCCCUGACUCCGACUUUGAAUACUCUACCCAAUCCUACACCGGCUAUGAGCCAACCUCUAUGCGGGCCAUUCGGGCUCGUUAUGAUCCCUACGAACAGGCCCGCGGCCGGGUGGAGCAGAUCAAAUCGCUCGGACACAGUGUAGACAAGGUCGAGUACAUCAUCAUGGGCGGCACUUUCAUGUCGUUACCAGAGAGCUAUAGGGACGAGUUCAUCUCACAGCUGCACAACGCCCUGUCCGGCUACCAGACGCUGGAUGUUGACGAGGCUGUCGCGGCGGGAGAGAUGAGCAAUAUCAAAUGCGUAGGCAUCACCAUCGAGACCCGACCCGACUACUGCCUAGACCAGCACCUAAGUGCUAUGCUGCGGUAUGGAUGUACUCGUCUAGAGAUCGGCGUACAGUCGCUCUACGAAGAUGUCGCUCGAGAUACUAACCGUGGGCACACUGUCGCCGCCGUCGCGCAAACCUUCUGUCUCGCCAAGGACGCUGGCUUCAAGGUCGUCAGCCAUAUGAUGCCCGAUUUGCCCAACGUUGGCAUGGAGCGAGACCUUGACCAGUUCGUCGAGUACUUCUCGAAUCCUGCUUUUCGCACAGACGGGCUGAAGAUCUAUCCCACACUCGUCAUCCGUGGUACAGGUCUGUACGAGCUCUGGCGGACAGGCCGGUACAAAAAUUAUACACCGAAUGCCCUCAUCGACCUUGUAGCACGAAUAUUAGCUCUAGUCCCGCCAUGGACUCGGAUUUACCGCGUACAGCGUGACAUACCAAUGCCGCUCGUCACAGCUGGUGUAGAAAAUGGUAAUCUUCGAGAACUAGCACUCGCUCGUAUGAAAGACUUCGGAACAACAUGUCGCGAUGUACGAACACGCGAGGUAGGCAUCAACGAAGUAAAGCACAAGAUCCGACCAUCACAAGUCGAGCUGGUCCGCCGGGACUACGUUGCCAACAACGGCUGGGAGACGUUCCUUGCGUACGAAGAUCCAAAACAGGACAUCCUGAUCGCGCUCCUCCGGCUACGGCAGUGCAGUAAGACCCAUACUUUCCGUCCGGAACUAACUGGGCAGCCAACGAGCCUAGUUCGCGAGCUCCAUGUCUACGGUUCGGCGGUCCCAGUGCAUGCACGCGAUCCUAGGAAGUUCCAGCAUCAAGGCUUCGGUACCCUCCUCAUGGAGGAAGCGGAACGAAUUGCACGAGACGAGCAUGGCAGUCAGAAGAUCUCCGUCAUCUCUGGGGUGGGCGUGAGAAGCUAUUAUGCGAAACUUGGAUACCAUCUCGAUGGCCCAUAUAUGUCGAAAACCAUCGAUCCGGUAGUCGAUAGUGAUGAGGAUGAGGAAUUCUGAGUAUAAUUGGCGAUGUCUAUCUUGAUGAGACACAUAAUUAGAAGAACAGGACUCAAGGGCGUGAGUUGGAGUUUUGCAUUGUUGGCGCUCGGGUCUGACGUUGGCCUUGUGGAAAAAUAUAAUAUUAGCGUCUGAAAAUGCCCAGACGACAUAGUUUUUCCUCUUUGGAGUCAUGGGCAUCUCGAUCAGGCAGUGUCAACCUUCUUUUAGCUUGAAGAGGCUGUCAGCCGCACGCCGUUCUGGCUGAACGCCACAAAUUCGCCUUCCCCGACACGUCAAAUAUUCAACACCCACAACAUCUAUCUUUCCUUUAGAGCAGCUUCCCAUCAAUUCAACUUCUUGUCCAUUUUCCCACUGGGCACUCUACAC